CAUGAAGCCUCUCUCCCCAUCUGACUGUAGGGCUUAUGUAUAUGUGCGUGACUUCAUUUCUCUUUAGUAUCUAAAGACGAACGGGCCCGCAAACUCAUGACCUAGAUGGCUCACCAAAAGAUCCGGGAAGCAAAGAGGCACAUCUACUACUACUACUACAACUGCUGUUACCCAGAAUGCAAUAGCGCAGCAGAUCCCCGUUCAAACCCCAAGCAGCCAUGUCUCCCACCAGAAGUUACAGAGAUGUUACAGUAAUACUGCCACGCGAUCUUUUUAUUGGAUUCGGACCUCCCGCUGUUUGUGUGGAGCUGCACUGGCGGCUCUAACACUACUAUGUGUGCUGCUGCUCUUGGACGCACCUCUUAGGAUUUUCUGCAUUUAUACUCAAUUAACACCAAUGACUGAGUCUCAAGAUCACUCGGGGGGACCUGUUCCCCUCAUGCAGCCCCCGUUUCCCGAUCUCAGCCACCUGACUGAAGAUGAGCGGAGAAUCAUCGAAGGUGUCAUGUUUAGGCAACAGAAAGAGGAAGAAAAAGAAAUGGAAAUUCUCAGACGGAAGCAGGACGAGGUGCGAAUCCUGGAAACGGCAAUCCGAAUGAGAAAUGAGGAGCAGCGGCGGAAAGGAAUCGAACUUGAUGCCACUUGUCAAAUUUGCCUAAAAACAAAAUUCGCUGACGGCAUUGGGCAUGUUUGUAACUAUUGCAACGUUCGAUGUUGUGCUCGAUGUGGUGGAAAAGUCUCACUGCGGUCGAAUAAGGUCAUUUGGGUAUGCAUUGUGUGCCGCAAGAAACAAGAACUUCUUAUAAAAACGGGACAAUGGCUUCACAGCGGCAUGGCUGCCAAGCAACGAGAAAUUGAAAGUGGUGAAAUCAUGUCUCCCAAACAAGACAAGAGGCCAAAACUAGAACGCGCACACAGCGAAGGAAAAGAAAACGUGGACAGUCACUAUGUAUUGGGAAUUAGUAGGAGGGGAUCUCUUCAACAAAUACAUAGGACAAAUAGUCAAAGAGAACUUAGGCGACAGUAUUCUCAAGAAAGAGAAUCUGCGAAACAGGAAUCCCAUACAGACAUUUUAAGGUAUUCAGAUAGAAAUCGACCGUUAAAAGACAGAAGUCCUCCACCGGGGGACAUCAAAAGGACUAGACCUAGUGAGAUGCCUUCCCGUGGAGAUGCCUUUUCUCGUUUACAUGGUAGUGGUAGUUUAGACAGUCGCGGUGGACGAUAUGAUGGUACUUCUGAUCCUAGUUAUGACAGGAGAAGAGAUCGGUAUUCUACAGAUACAGGUGACCAUUAUAAACAUCCCUCUGAUAGGGAUAUAUCUUGGAAAGAACCUCAAAGGUCUAUUCACAGUACCGAUCGAAGGCAAUUUGGUAGGGAUCAACCUUGGAUAAGCCAGGAAGAAGAUCGUAAAGAUUCAUCACUAGAUCGAAGGACUAGCCAAGAAUCGUUAAGCUAUCAUUCAGAUAGACAUGUACGAAUGCCUUAUAUGCGAGGGGAUGAAUGGAAAGAAUCUCCUAGAAAAAGAGACUACGAUCUUCAUAGUUCUGGUGAGGAUCAUCGAUUAAGAUUGCUAACAAGUCGAAGUGAUGACGACAGAAGGACACAUUUAGAUCCAGAUUAUGCUUCCGACGGGCGAGGGAGGGGUCACAACAAUCGAAAGAAAAUUGAUGCUGUGGUGAGAAAUGACUCAUUGAGCUCAGAUCAAUCAGAAAGUGUUCGACCACCUCCUCCUAAGCCCCAUAAAAAUAAAAGAGGUCGAAAACUUCGGCAGCGGUCUCUUAGCAGCUCGGACGACGAAAUAAGGUCCACACCCGAAUGCUCCAGUUGCGAAGAAAUCGAUGCCGAAAGUGAAAGUAUUAGUGAGAAAGGUGAUGAUUCUAUAUCUGCACAAUGGAAGAAAGAAGACAUUCUAGAUGCCAAAAUUAAAAAGUUCCUUGCUCACCCAGUGUCUUGGCGAUAUUCUAAAGAUGGUUAUAGACUUAUAGGACAUAUGAUCCUUAAAAAACCAUGUAAGGAGAAUAUGGAUACUUCUUCAGGAGCAGCUAUGCUUGGCCUUAGGAUAGUUGGAGGGAAAAUACUUGAGUCUGGUCAAAUGGGUGCUAUUGUAGAAAAAGUUGUUCCUGGAAGUAUUGCUGACACUCUAGGACGCAUCAAAAUAGGUGAUGAAGUCUUAGAGUGGAAUGGACGAAAUUUGCAGAAUAAAUCUUAUGAAGAAGUAUUUGAAAUUAUUGCAGAAUCUCGCCAAGAACCUCAAAUAGAACUUAUAGUUAAUCGUCCAAUGAGAGAUCUAAGAAUAGAUAGGGACCAGUCAUUAAGGCGCCACACACACAUAGGUGCUUCAUCCUCUAUGGCCGAUAGAGAAUGGCUCGCAUCUUUAGAUCCUCGAAAGCAGAUGAGCCUUCAAGAGGAUAGGCGACCAAGUGUCUUGAUUACGUCCCCAACAUCUCCAGAAAGUAUUCCACUAAGACCUCACCUUUCUUCCGUUGGUGGAAGGAUACUGGUGAAGAAUGAAAAUGUUUCAAACUCUAUAGAGAUGAAACUGUGGUAUGAUGUACGUCGUUUACAGUUAGUAGUGGAGAUCUUAAGCGCUAACUUACAAAAAGGACCACAUUCUAGAAAAAGAAACGCAUAUUUAAAAUUAUAUCUACUGCCAGACAAAAGAGAGAAAAGACGUUCCAGAACAGUUUUAGAUUCUCUUUGUCCAAAAUGGAAUCAAACAUUUAUUUUUCCUAGUUUAAGAAGAACAGAACUGCAGUCUCGGACAUUACAUAUUAUAUGUUGGGAUUACGAUGAAAUUGGGGACAACGACUUCAUUGGAGAAGUAUUAAUAGAUUUAGCAACAGCACGCUUAAACAAUGAAGCUGAAUGGUACAGAAUGACAACACGGGAAGAGAGUUUGGCAGCUCAAUUACAAAGAAACAGUAUGUUUCUUGAAGCAGAGCUAUCAGGCUCUUUAAAUUCCGUUGAUCGACUAUCUCCUUCUUCUUCCAUUUCCAUAUCCCGAUUAUCGGACAGUGAUAUUUCUGAGCUUGACUAUGAUGAAACACUUCCUCUUACUAGAAUAGAACGAACGUCGAGGUAUCCCGACAUAGGUGGAAGCAGUUUAAGUUCUGUCGGAAGCAGUCCAACACUUGUAGGUGAAGAUAUUAUAACAGCCGGAGAAAGAAGAUCUCGAAGAGAUCUCUGGCCGGAUGAUCGAAGAAGAUCUAGUACAGUAAAUCCCAGAGAUAUGUAUUCUUAUGAAAAAUUUGAAAGAAGAGAACCUGUUUCAGGAUUAGAUUAUCCAUAUAGAAUGUCUAGCAGAGUUAGAUCUCGGUCUGUUGUUCCAGACGAUGGUUCAAUGUCCAGAUCUAGAUCUCCUCCAAGAAGAGUAAUAGAAGCCAAUGUUCACCGACCACCUUCUCCACCUGAUCAAAGUGUUGGAACAACUCCUAGACAGCCAUCUGGUACUUCUUCUCCAAAGAAACGCCAACUUCCACAAAUUCCACCAAAGAGAGCUACAAGAGACCAAAUGACACUGGAAUUAGAAGAAAGAGCUAGACAAAUGAAAUUAAAAAUGCAAAGAAAACCAGAUGGUGUGUCAACAAUGAUAGUUUCAGACAGCGAAGUCUCUCCUCGCCAUAGUUUAGAUAAACAAUUUAAUGUCCAUCCUCAUCCACCAGCCAGAAAUUCUCGGUUAUCUCCUCAUCCUCCAGAAGCUACCGGUAAAGUGCGAGCCACACCGGGCGCAACAGAAAAAGACGGAACAACGGUACCUGCUCUGGAAAGUGACGAAUCCGAAACCAGUUCUGUUUCCAAAUACAGUGUCACCAGUGCCUUUUCUUCACAGUCAGAACAUCCUAGGGGCAGUAGAACUUUGAAAGAGUUCACUUCACCUACUCCAGGAUAUGGACCAGUUCAUCCUCCCAGGCCGUCUCGAGGUUCUCUAAAUAGAAGUAACAGUGAUGGGGCUCAGAACGAAAAGACCAACAACGGUAGCCUAUCUGAUACAGCUCUUGCUGGAACUUCUGAGAAAUCGACCAAACAAGGACAACAAGGAACAAGUACUGGUGGUAAGAUCACUCAAUUCGGGGGUCUAUCUGCCAAAAGAAGUAACAGCACGUCCCAGCUAAGUGUAACUGGCCACAAGAAAAGAAUGGGCUUUCGUCGGAAGAAAUCAUCAACCAUCAACGUCCACCGAAGCGAAGAAGUAGCCCCAUUGGAAUGUCGACAUCUUGUUAAACAAGCUAGUAGUGUUUCCUCAGAUGGCGAAGGAAGUUUAAGUGGCGAUAGCUCAGUGUGGUUACCGUCAAUCAGGCUGGUGCCUGAAGGUGAAUUUUCGAACUUUGUUGAAGGUUUAGGUGCUGGUCAACUUGUUGGAAGGCAAGUUUUGGCAUCACCAAGCUUAGGUGAUAUCCAACUAAGUCUUGCUGAUAGAAAAGGCAAUUUAGAAGUUGAAGUAAUACGAGCAAGAGGGCUUCAGCCCAAAUCAGGAAAGGUAGUUCCAGCACCAUAUGUCAAGGUUUAUCUUGUUAAAGGCAGGAAGUGUGUUGCAAAACGAAAAACUGCAAGUGCAAGAAAAACGCUUGAUCCUUUAUACCAACAGCAAUUAGUUUUCCAAGAGGACUACAGAAACUGUAUAUUACAAGUUACAGUAUGGGGUGAUUAUGGAAGAAUUGAGAAAAAAGUAUUUAUGGGAGUAGCUCAAAUAAUGCUCGAUGAGUUAGACUUAUCAAAUUUUGUGAUCAGUUGGUAUAAACUCUUUCAUCAUUCUUCAUUGAUCAACCUUCCAGCUAGCGUGCCACAAAAUUCCAUGAUAUCAGUAGAUAGUUUCGGCUGACUACAGCAUUUCUUAGUCUUUUCUAGUACAGAUUUGUUGAUUCAAAGUGCCAUUUGUGCUGCUGCCUAAUGAAAGCAGUUUAACAAUGAAGUCAAAGCACAGAAAACCGUCAUUUUCUAAUGGGAAGAGUGCCUGUUUAUUAGAACUAAUUCUCAUUGACUUUCCUUCAAGAAUAUUUUAUAUCCUGUUUCACAGUGUCAACUUCUUGAGCACUUUUACUGUUUAUCAUCACUCAGGACUUCAGCAUCUGGAAUUCAUCAAACAAUAAAUUGGUUCCGGAAAAAAAUGCCAAAAGAACAAAGUUGCGUCACUCACUCCAGAUAAACGGUCUUGUUCAUUGUUUUGAACAAUGAUCUUGGUAAUGUUACCAAUUCAUAAGACCACUGUUUCUAUGCAGACAUUUUGUGACUUAGUAUUAUAACACUAGAGAUUAAAUGAAGAAAACAAUUUUUCCUCUAUUUUCUUUUCCCCCUUUUUAUAUACUUCUGUAUAUCAAGAUACUGUUUGCUAGUAUUAAAAGAGAAAAUAGAAGAUGAAACACAAUAGUAAUCUGAAAAAAAGGAUAUUAAUCUUUUUAUCAUACUUCAAAGAAAAAUACGAAAAAAACUGUAAAUUAUCUUUUCACAAAGCUUCAUAUUUUCUUGAAUAAACAGUGAGAUAUACAUAGUAAAUAUUACUAUAUCAACGUUCAUAUAAAGAUUGAUCACUUGAGUUAUAGAAAUGGAAGGAAUUUAGUUUGAGAAAAAUUCGAGUUUUUUCUCUAGAUAGUAUUAUUACUUUUGUAUCAAAGUUAGGGAAAGAAAUAAAAAUUAAUAUCUUAUUUAUUAAGACUAUCUUCCUUUAACGUUAAAGUUCAGGGUAGCUUUACAUUUAAACUUAGUUUAGAAAUACGUUAAAAUUAGCCUUAAAAUUUCAUGAAAGUUAUAAAGAAAUUCCUAAAAUUGAUGAUGUCUGAUGUUUUAUUAUAAAUGCUAUAUAUAAUACUGUUUACAAUAUAUUUUCAAACUGAAAUUGCUUGUUAUGAAUCUUGAUAUUUUAUUUAUGUUGGCGUUUUUAUUACAUUUAUUUAAAUUAUUUUUUACAAUAUGCUUUCAAAAUAAUGAUGUUUGUUAAGAAUCUUUUAGUACUUUAUUUUGCUAAAAAAUGUUGGCGUUUCUUUAUGUUUAUUUAAAUAAUUUUUUACAAUAUACUUUCCAAAUGAUGAUGUUUGUUAAGAAUCUUUCCCUACUUUAUUUUGUUAAAAAAAUGAUGUGUGUCCUAAAUAUUUUCGUACUCAGAAUUUGAAUAAAGAAAAACUAUUUUAAUGCUAAUGACACUGCUUUGCAUGAAUAUCAGUCCUGGCAGCAUUCCUGUUGAUUUUAAUAAAAAAAUAAUCUUCUGAAUCCGAAUAUGUCACCCACUUUUUUCCUCAACCCUCCGAUUUUUGAGAAAAUUUCCACCCAUGAUAAUUUUUCUGUAAUUUUAUGACCAAAAGUAGGACUUGGAUAUGGGAAAAGAUUAUUUUAGGCAUUAAUUUAAAAAUGAAGGUUAAAUUUAUAAUAAAUAAUAUAAAAUAUGAAAUGUAAUAAUCCUUUCUAAACAUUCUAACAAGGGCUUCUGAAUCUCUCUCCCUUGUUGUAGAAUCCUUCUCCACAAAAUUAUGGUGACAUAUUUUUAGUGUUUAGAAUUAUUAGGGGUGGAAAGAAGUUGUAAUCAAUUGAAAAUCAAUGCAGAACAUAAUGAAUGCUAGAAAAAAAUUGAGGUCAUAUUGAGAUUCAAGAGGUGAUUUUGAAUAAAAAUCAGCUGGAAUAGCUUCAAGGCCUUUCUACUAUAAACAUUGCUUGCUAAACUUAAAAAAUAUUUUAAUUUCAUGUACAGGAAUGUUUUUUAAUUUACAGAAUUCUUGGAUUUGUCAAACCCUAUUAUUAUUUAUGGAGAUUAUCUUUCUAAAAUCUAGUUUAUUUAAUUCCUUAUGAGAAUAAGGUUGGUAUUUAUGCGGUAUUUAUGUAAUUACCAUUUAAAUACUAGAUAAUUAUUAUCCAAAAAUAAUGUCCAAAAAUGUAGUUUACUUUCAACUUCUUUGCAUGAAAAGACAUAAUUUUAAUAUCUAGCAUUUUUCAUAGCAAAAUGAAAAACUUGACAAAUCGAAGGAUUAUAAAAUAAUUAACAAAUUUAUGUUAAAUAAUUUUUUAAAACUAUAUUGCGAAAACAUUAAGAACACACUACUUUAACCCUCCAGGCGUUGAGCUUCAGGAUAAACUUGUAUAGGAAUUUGCCUGUUAUGCAUUAUUUUACCAUUCAAUAACAUGAGGAAAUCGGUUUUUCGAUAAGGAAAAGCUUGCAUCUGAUAGUUUGGAAAAAGCUGGAAUUAACGUUCAGAGGGCUAAAUAGAGGGAAAAUAAAUAAAUUGUUUUGAUAAAACGUUAUUCGGAACAUUGAAUUUUUCGAUAUUAUUUUAUCAUUGUUAAGCUUUUGUGUUGCAAAUAUUGAUGCUUCAAAAUAACAAUUUUGCAAUUAUCUUUGAAAACUAAUUUUAACAUAUUUGUUUUUAAGAAUGCUAAUGUAAAAUAUACCUGUUCUUUAACAUUCGAAGAAGUCUUAAUUUAACUCUGUAUAUUAUGAUUUAAUGUGAAAUACAUAGAUAUUCUUCUAGCUUGUGUUAAUUAAAAUGAAAAUGUUUUAUUUACACACUCAUGAUAGGUAGAUUUUUAUAUAUAUAAAAAUGAUUUUUAACAUCAUUGUUGUGUUUUAAAGAUUUACAUUUUGUAAAACUGGUUGAUUCAAGAGCUAAGAAUUGCACCUUGAGCAUUCUGAAACAUUAAGAGUAAGUAUAGGAAAGCCAAAAAUGAUAAAUAUGAAAUUUAACUUUUAACUGUGAAUACACUUUAAGCUCAUGGUGAUUACAGUAUCAUAUCAUGUUACAUUUUUUUCAUUCAGAUUAUAUAUAACGCAACUGAGGUUGCUGCAUCUGUUAAAGCAGCUUUUUUGGCUGUUCUCUUCAGAAGUUUGUUAUACGCUUACAUUUUAAAAAGUAUGUUAAUGAUAUGUUUUAAUAAUUAUGAUUAUUAUGUUAUAAACAUCAUAUCAAUAAUGCAUGCUACUACAUCGAUUAUUACAGUUAUUCUACUAAACUAAAUUAAAUUUUCGUAUUCAUCACUUUGAAA